AUGGGAAUGGCUAGGUAUUGCCUAAUGUAUUUUGGUGAAUUGACACUUGUGGACCCUUCGGUUCAUGGACAUAACCAACCCCACUACCACACGUUAUGUCCGUCUGUGAGUGGUGUGGCUCUUCAUCAUCCAUCCCCCUCUUUGCCUCUUCAUGUGCUACGUGACAG